AUGAACUGCAGUCAAACUGUGCACUAUGAUGAAACACGGAACAUCUGUCACAUGGCUGAUAAAAGCAUCCAAAAAGUUGACGAAUCUGUUGUUAAAGAACCAUUAAAACUUGAUAUGCCAGUGAAAUACAGUGAUGCGGCCUACUCAACCUACGAUAUCUUUACUGCUGCCAGUCUUGGAGAUGAGUUGAAAAAAAAGUCUGAACCAGAUCGGUUGAAUUCGUCAGGCUGGAGCGCUUUACUGUAUGCGGCAUAUAUGGGACAUUCGGCUAUUUGUUCACUUCUUCUUGAUUUCGGAGAGUCUGUAGAUGCAUCUUCUAUAGACGGUGACACAGCACUUAUAAAGGCUGCUUCCUGUGGAAAUCUUUCUACCAUCCGACUUCUCAUUGACAGAGCUGCAACUGUUGACAAACAGAAUUUAGAUGGUGAUACAGCAUUAUCAUUUGCCGUUAUAUACUCCCACAAUGAAGUUGUAAAGUUUCUUCUAGAAUCUGGUGCUGACCCUAAUGUAAGAAACAAAUCUGGUAUGACGCCAACGUUGUUAGCAUGUUCGGUUGGUCACGAAUUAACUUUAAUCAGCGUGUUGGAGUUUGGCGGAAAUGUUUAUUUGAAGAACGAAAAAGGAGAUGACGGAGAGGCUUUGGCAGCUAGUAAUCCUAAAAUUUUAGAGAUUUUAAAGGAUCCUCCGCAGGUAAUGAUAACUGUUGUAAACUGCUAUGGUAAUUUACUAGUGUUGUUCAUGUCCAGUUCAGAACUCAUACAUUAUAUAUAUAUAUAUAUA